GUCUCUCUCGGGUUUUGAUUCCGCCUCCUGCAACUUGUUCCCCUUCAUUGCUUCCUCUGUAAGGGAUUCCGAUGGCAACGAAGCAUGCGGUAUUCCUUGCCAAGAGAGACCGUCUCCGCCAGAUUGAGUCAAAGGUUCGAAGUUGGUGGGAAGACAAAAGUGUUUCUAGUUCCCAAACUUCAUACAAGAAAUUUUUAACAGGGAUUAUGUCGAAACCUUACUGGCCUUGGGGGUUUCAGUAUAACUCUGAGAAUAGGUUCAAAUCCACCGUCAAUUUUCCUUCACCCGGAGAAGCUGUCAGGGCAUUUUCUGCUGAUGCCACACUAUUUACUAUUGCCGAUCAUUCUGCUGACAGUGUCGAUCCUCGGAAUUUAACCAAAACUCUAUCCUCUGUAGUUAUGCAGCUUACUCAAGAGAUUGAAUGGGUGGAAGAGGUUUUGGCUGCAGAUCAAUCCUCCUUCCGAACGGGUUCCCCAUCUAGUUUUCCAGACAGGGCCUUCGAGAACCAGAUGAAUCUUGCUGUCAAAAUCACCAAAAUACAUUUCCAUAAGCCUAGCUUCUGUUAUCUUCAGAAUGCCAGGGAUUUGUACAGCUUUUCAUGUGGCAGUGGUGGUGGUGGCAUGAACCAUGAGUUAGUGUGGCGUUAUAUGGACGUUCAGACGCGCCUAAUGACUCCAAUUUGCCCCCAUUAUGCCGACUACGUUUGGAGGGAGCUUUUGAAGAAGGAUGGCCCUGUGAUGAAAGCGGGUUUUCCAGCUGCACCUUCUCCUGAUAUGAACCUCCAUGCAGCCAAUGAGUAUUUGCACGAUGUAAUUAUAAUGAUUAAUCGAAAGGCUUCUAGAGACAAGAAAAUUACUGAAGAAAAUAAGAAGGCGACAUCAUGCCUGAUAUAUGUCAAGGAGCAGGAUUAUGAAGAGAGACAAGAGUUGUUGAGAAUGGUUCAAAGCAAACGCGAUAAUAAGUCUUGUACUUUUGGAGACUUGGAGGAAUUUUAUAUGGCGAGUCCAUCUUGGGAGAGCAAGGUUAUAGAGGGGAAUAUUGACUUGAUUAAGAGACUAACUGGUCUUGAAGACGUGCAAGCAUUGUCUGCCACUGACCUUGAUGCCCUUGCCAAAGCUGGUCCUCUGUUCUCAAAGCUAUAUGAAAAACCUCCAUUCCCUGGGCAUCCGACUGUCAUCCUCUUGACCAGAUGAAGAAUAAGGUGAUAGAGGUUUGAAGCACAAGUAGUUAGCUGGUUGGGGUGAGCUUGGAAGAGCCUAGUAGUAGUGGUUUGUAGUAUGUUGGUUUUAUCUAUCUAGUCUUUAUUUCUAUUACUUUGUAGGUCUUCUGUUCAAAUCUACUACUAUAUGCAUAGUAGUAGUAGUAGUUUUCUUUUUGGCUUGUUUUAGAGUUGUCAUCUUAAUUUGUUCAGUUUCACUAUCUGGUACUAUCUUUCAUCUUUUAAGGUCCUAUAAAUCAUUGUUAUGCAACUA